GUGUCGGAGCUAUUCAGCAUGUCUGUGGUGCCGCCCAAUCGCUCGCAGACGGGCUGGCCCCGGGGGGUCAACCAAUUCGGUAACAAGUACAUCCAGCAAACCAAGCCCCUCACCCUGGAGCGCACCAUUAACCUGUACCCACUUACCAACUAUACUUUUGGUACAAAGGAGCCCCUCUAUGAAAAGGACAGCUCUGUGGCGGCCAGAUUUCAGCGCAUGCGGGAGGAAUUUGAUAAGAUUGGGAUGAGAAGGACUGUAGAAGGGGUUCUGAUCGUACACGAGCACCGCCUGCCCCACGUGCUACUGCUACAGCUGGGAACAACCUUCUUCAAACUACCUGGCGGUGAACUUAACCCAGGAGAAGAUGAAGUUGAAGGACUAAAACGCUUAAUGACAGAGAUACUGGGUCGUCAAGAUGGAGUCCUGCAAGACUGGGUCAUCGAUGACUGCAUUGGGAACUGGUGGAGACCAAAUUUUGAACCUCCUCAGUACCCGUAUAUUCCUGCACAUAUAACAAAGCCCAAGGAACAUAAGAAGUUGUUUCUGGUUCAGCUUCAAGAGAAAGCCUUGUUUGCGGUCCCUAAGAAUUACAAGCUGGUAGCUGCACCGUUGUUUGAACUGUACGACAAUGCUCCGGGAUACGGACCCAUCAUUUCUAGUCUUCCUCAGCUGCUGAGCAGGUAUGGAAGACUGAACGUUUCUGACAGGACUGUGUGAAAGUCAGGUAAAGACAUUCGGGGCCUGAGAAGCGGCAUAAGGAAUAUAAAGACAAUUGAUGUAAUUUUACAUUGUAUGUAAUCAAUAGAUUAAAAUAUGCUUAAAAGUACCUGAAGACAGAUUACUACAUGCAGUUCUCACAUGGGACUGUGCUUCCUCAGAUCUGCUGUCUCUUCAGAGAAGAGAUGGUAGAACAGUCAAUAUUUAAAAUACAGAGUAGUGGUCUGUAUAAAAAUGGACAGUCACCGGGCAUGGUAGUGCACCCUUUGAUCUCAGCACUCAGGAAGCAGAGGCAGGUGGAUCUCUGUGAAUUUUUACUGGUCUGCAAAGCAAGUCCAGGACAACCAGGGCAUGUUACACAGGGAGACCUUGUCUCAAAAAAGAAGAAGAGAAAAGAAAAGGGGUGUGUGUAUGGGAAAGAAGAGAAAAGAAAGGGGUGUAUGUGGGAUACUCAGAUCUUUUAGUGUGAUUUAUCAUUCAUUUUUGGAACUUACUGCACUUAGGUCUGAAUUGGCAAAUGGUAUAUGGAGUCCGAUUUUUUUUUUUUUUUUUUUUUUUUUUACACGACAGGGUAUCUCUACAUAGCCCUGGCUAUCCUGGAACUCACUGUGUAGACCAGGCUGGCUGAGAAACUAGAGAUCUGCCUGCCUCUUCUGGGAGUGCUGGGAUCAAAAGUGUGUACCACUAUGCCCCAUUUGAGUAUGCAUUUUCUAAAUUGAUUUUUAUUAGUUUAGUUUCUUAAUGCCAACAAUAAGUAAGGACUGCAGAUAAGUUUAUUAUGAGGCCAGGCAUGGUAGUUGUACUGUGAGUUCAUAGCCAGCCUGCUCUACAUAAUAAGUUCUAGGCCAGCCAGGGUUAUGUAGUGAGACCCUGUGUCAAGCAACAGAAGAAUCUGGAUUGUGUGCUGGAGAGAUGGUUUAGUGAUUAAGAGUGUGUCUUGUUUUUGCAUAGAUCUGAGUUUAGUUCCUAGCACUUACUGGGCAGUUCACAGCUGCCUCAUGCCUCUGGCACCUGUGCUUACAUGUGUGUGCACAUGGACACUUUACACUUCUGUGCUUGUGCUCUCUCUGGUGUGGGUGUGUGACAAAAUCUUUUGGAUCGUGUGGUUUUGGAUUUGAAUCCCACUCUUUUAUGAUUUGUUUUUAUUUUAUGUGCACUGUGUGUUGCUGCACGUAUGUUUAUAUGAGGGCGUCAGACCCCGGGAACUCGAGCUACAGAGUUGUGAGCUGCUCUGUGGGUGCUGAGAAUGAACCUGGUCCUCUGAAGAGAAGCCAGUGCUCUUAACCCCUUGUCUCUAGCCCCUUUCAGUACUUGCUAAGACUUGAAAUAAACUCUUACUCACUUGUUGCCAUAUACUUCACAUGCAAAUGAGGAUGGUAGUUUCAACAUAGGACUGACUGUAGGGAGCCGAGUCACAGAACACAUACAAAGAACACACUUGGAAGUACUUACUACAUGCCAGUUUAUCAGCACCGUAGUCAUGGGUGCUUCUAUGGAAGCUUGCAAGCCUGUUUACUUUGUCACUAGUCCAUUUUUCUUUUGUUUCUUUACUUUGGCCUCUUGCUGUAUCGUGUGCACGUAACGUGUGCACAGAGCAAAGGACAAAGGACAUAUAAGAACUUUUAUGCCUUCAAGGAACUUUGUGUAAUUCAUAGUUAACCAAAUUUACACUCUUACUGUUUCUCAGCUGCACUUCUGUAGUAUAUAAGUAUGACCAGUGAGGUCACUCGUCUUAAUGUACAAAUGCCAAACAUGUCAGGAGGGGAGAAAUGGCCAGGUAAUUCCCUUGUUUAAGGUAGAAACUGUAUAACUAAUACUGUUUUUAAUAAAAGUUUUCUGUUUUUUAAAAUGCAGGUUUAAUUUUAUAUACAACUGAACUUCUCCUGUACACAGAAGUAAAA